GAGCGGUUGGUCCAAGGACGUCCAGGUAGAGCCAGGCACACGUGUCGUGGAGAUUUUGAGACACAACGUUCCGGACGUGCCAGACGGCCAUCGGUUGCGUUUGGUGACGGAGACUGCGGAAGUCCUGAAGCCUGACAGUCGAGUUUGGGAACCUCAGGUCCUGACACUGGUUCAGUACAAGCAUGUUGUUCAAACCUCAGGUCGGCCAGAAAGGGAAGAAAGAUCAUGCUUGAGAUUUGUGCAGAUCCCCUGUGGAGAAGCACAAGUUCGGCCCGGGGCCUUCCGAGCUUGUCGGUGCCUGACGGAAGUC